CUGCUUAUGUCUCAGACAGCAACUGGGAAGCUUCCAACUCAGGAUCACAGUAACAGGUCUGACUGUAUUUCAUCUUGUGUUGGGACCAAAAGAGCCUACUAAAGUGCCAUCAUGAGCACAGACGCAGAGAUGGAGGCCUAUGGCCCGGCAGCCAUUUACCUCCGGAAGCCGGAAAAGGAGAGGAUUGAGGCACAAACCGCUCCUUUUGAUGCCAAAAGUGCCUACUUUGUGGCUGAGCCAGAGGAGAUGUAUUUAAAGGGUAAACUCGUCAAAAGAGAGGGUGGUAAAGCCACAGUUGAGACAGUUACAGGAAAGACUCUUACUGUAAAAGAGGAUGACAUCCAUCCCAUGAACCCUCCCAAGUAUGACAAAAUUGAGGACAUGGCCAUGAUGACCCACCUCAAUGAACCUGCUGUGCUGUAUAACCUCAAAGAGCGUUUUGCAUCAUGGAUGAUCUACACUUACUCCGGCCUGUUCUGCGUCGUCGUGAAUCCCUACAAGUGGCUUCCUGUGUAUGAUUCUCAGGUUGUUGUAGCAUACAGAGGCAAGAAGAGGAUUGAGGCUCCACCCCACAUCUUCUCCAUCUCUGACAAUGCCUAUCAGUUCAUGCUCACAGAUCGUGAGAACCAGUCUGUCCUCAUUACGUGA